AACCCUCUCCUUCUUCUUCUCCUACACUUCUCUCCCUCUCUCUCACUCUUUCCUUGCUCCUUAUCCUCCCUUCUUCUUUUUUCUUCCUUCAAUACCCUGCAAAAAUCCUUCAUUUUUUCAAGAAAAGCGAGCGAAAAUGAGGCUUCUCCUUCUCCUCUUCCUCCUCCUUCACCUCCAAAUCUGUGCUUCUUUAGCCCGUGUCAUGUCUGAAUACCAGGCCCUUCUCUCUAUCAAAUCCGCCAUUGAUGAUCCCCAAUCUGCACUCGCUUCUUGGAACUCUGCCAACUCUCUCUGCUCUUGGCAUGGUGUUACCUGUGACUCUACUGGCCGUCACGUUACUUCCCUUGACCUCUCCAGUCUUAACCUCUCCGGUACUCUCUCCCCUGAUAUUGCUCACCUUCGCUUCCUCCAACAACUCACCCUCGCCGCCAACCAGCUCUCCGGCCCCAUCCCACCCCAGCUCUCUGUCAUUUCUGGCCUUCGGUUUCUUAACCUUUCUAACAAUAUUUUCAAUGGCACCUUCCCACCUCAACUCUCUCAGCUCAAAAAUCUGCAAGUCCUUGACUUGUAUAACAAUAAUAUGACCGGUGACUUGCCUUUGCCCGUCACUGACAUGCCCAAUCUUCGUCACUUGCAUCUGGGUGGAAACUUCUUCUCCGGGAAUAUACCACCUGAGUAUGGAAAAUGGGAGCAUCUGGAGUAUCUAGCCGUCUCUGGUAAUGAAUUGGUGGGUCGCAUUCCGCCUGAAAUUGGUAACUUAACCAAGUUACAGGAGCUCUAUAUUGGAUACUAUAAUAGCUAUGAAGGUGGUUUACCGCCCGAGAUCGGCAACUUGUCCGAGUUAGUCCGGUUUGAUGCUGCAAAUUGCAUGUUAUCGGGCGAGAUACCCAAGGAGAUAGGGAAGUUGCAGAAAUUAGAUACUCUGUUCCUUCAAGUGAAUGGCCUUUCUGGGUCGUUAACUGAGGAGCUCGGCAUUUUGAAGAGCUUGAAAUCCAUGGAUUUGUCUAACAAUAUGCUUACUGGGGAAAUUCCAAGUUCGUUUGCCGAACUCAAGAACUUGACGCUGUUGAAUCUUUUCCGAAACAAGCUUCACGGAGCGAUUCCAGAGUUCAUCGGCGAUUUGCCGCGGUUGGAGGUGUUGCAGUUGUGGGAGAAUAACUUCACUGGAAGCAUUCCGGUGGGGUUGGGUAAAAAUGGGAAUCUUGUGCUUGUAGAUCUUUCUUCAAACAAACUCACCGGAAAUCUCCCUCCUAAUAUGUGUUCCGGUAAUCGGCUACAGACCUUGAUUACGCUCAGCAACUUCUUGUUUGGGCCGAUUCCGGAAUCGCUGGGGCAAUGCGAGUCUUUAAGUCGAAUACGGAUGGGGGAGAAUUUUCUCAAUGGUUCGAUUCCAAAGGGGCUUUUUGGGUUACCGGAGUUGACCCAAGUCGAGCUGCAAGAUAAUCUUCUCACCGGAGGGUUUCCAGUAAGUGAUAAAAUAGCGAUGAAACUUGGCCAGAUUAGUCUCUCAAACAAUCGGCUUUCCGGGUCUUUGCCUCCAAGUAUAGGCAAAUUCUCAGGUGUUCAAAAGCUGCUCCUUGACGGGAACGACUUCUCUGGUCCAAUCCCAUUGGAUAUCGGAAAAUUACAACAACUUUCAAAGAUGGACUUCAGCUCUAACAAAUUUUCAGGACAAAUUGCGCCUGAGAUUAGCCAAUGCAAGCUGCUAACAUUUGUUGAUCUCAGUCGAAACGAGCUUUCGGGCGCGAUUCCUACUGAGAUCACAGGUAUGAGAAUACUGAACUACCUCAAUCUGUCGAGGAAUCAUCUUGUGGGUAGCAUUCCUUCAUCAAUAGCUACCAUGCAGAGCUUAACCUCUGUUGAUUUUUCUUACAACAAUCUUACUGGUUUGGUACCUGGUACCGGUCAGUUUAGUUAUUUCAAUUACACCUCGUUUUUGGGUAAUCCUGAUCUUUGUGGUCCGUAUUUGGGUCCUUGCAAAGAUGGGGAUGCAAAUGGAACCCACCAGGCACAUAUGAAGGGGCCACUUUCUGCUUCUCUGAAGCUCUUGCUUGUUAUUGGCUUGCUUGUUUGCUCGAUUGCAUUUGCAGUUGCAGCAAUAAUUAAAGCAAGGUCAUUGAAGAAGGCUAGUGAGUCUCGUGCUUGGAAAUUGACUGCGUUCCAGCGCUUGGACUUCACUGUUGAUGAUGUUCUUGAUUGCUUGAAAGAGGAUAAUAUCAUUGGUAAGGGAGGUGCAGGGAUUGUUUACAAAGGUGCAAUGCCUAAUGGUGAUCAAGUUGCUGUUAAAAGGCUACCGGCUAUGAGCCGAGGGUCUUCUCAUGAUCAUGGAUUCAAUGCUGAGAUACAGACUUUAGGAAGGAUUAGGCACAGGCACAUUGUUAGACUAUUGGGUUUCUGUUCGAACCAUGAGACGAAUCUUCUGGUCUAUGAGUACAUGCCUAAUGGGAGCUUAGGUGAGGUUCUACAUGGCAAGAAAGGAGGCCAUUUGCACUGGGAUACAAGGUAUAAAAUUGCUGUUGAAGCUGCAAAAGGCCUUUGCUAUCUUCAUCAUGAUUGCUCACCGUUGAUUGUCCACCGUGAUGUGAAGUCAAACAACAUCCUUCUUGACUCCAACUUUGAAGCUCAUGUAGCUGACUUUGGUCUUGCUAAGUUCUUGCAAGACUCGGGCACAUCAGAAUGCAUGUCUGCAAUUGCUGGUUCUUAUGGAUAUAUAGCUCCAGAAUAUGCGUACACGCUCAAGGUUGACGAGAAGAGUGAUGUAUACAGCUUCGGUGUAGUUCUCUUAGAACUUGUUACCGGCAGAAGACCGGUAGGGGAAUUUGGAGAUGGUGUGGAUAUAGUUCAAUGGGUUCGAAAAAUGACAGACUCAAACAAGGAAGGAGUUCUGAAAGUCCUUGAUCCAAGACUCCCAUCAGUUCCACUCCAUGAAGUGAUGCACGUAUUCUAUGUUGCAAUGCUGUGUGUGGAAGAACAAGCCAUCGAACGCCCAACAAUGCGAGAAGUUGUGCAGAUUCUGACCGAGCUUCCUAAGCAACCAAGCUCAAAACAAGGAGACUCAACAAUUACAGACUCCUCAUCAGCUACUAUAGACUUGCCGAAUGUGACGACUAAAGACCCAAAAGACCAUCAAUACCCACCACCACCUCAAUCACCACCACCUGAUCUUCUUAGCAUUUGAACUACUUUCUGAAAGGGAGGGGGACUGUUUGUUCUUUAAAUUCCAUGAAUUGUGUUAGUUUCCAUCUUGUGCUAUUUUUUUGUCCUUUUUUAAAAUCUCUUGGGAAGGUUUGCUCUAACUUGGUAUUAAGGCUUGCAAGUUUUUUUUUGUACAGUAGGAGGAAAAAGGGUGGUGGGAGAGAAAGGAAGGAGUAUUUUUCCUUAUAAUUAAACUUGUACUACUACUUCUGCCUGCUCCA